AGUAAACAUCUUGUGUAGAUGCUCCCACUGUGGAGUAUCUUGUUUGGUAAGUUUCGCGCUAGAACAAUUUUUUUUCUUUUUUAAAUUUUUGUUACCACAAGAAAUAUUGCUUUGAAGCAACAAUGAUUUUAUGCCAGCAAGAGAAAAAGUGUGCAAUAAAAAUGCCGUUUUACAUCCUGAUUCUCCAAAAACAUAUGCAUAUGUUUAAGUUAGGCAUGUGAACAGUCUCAGUGAAGUAACCCCACAUCAGUCAAGUAAUAGGGAAUUUUUUCAUUGACUUGAAUAGGAUCAGGAUCAAACCUAGGUCAAAUACAGUUAGAAAUCUUAUGUGUUUGCAGGAUCUGAGCUUCAGUUUUCAGUAUUUUGUUUUUGCUUAUUAAAGUGACCUCAGUUAAACUAAGAGACCUUAUCAUGAGCACAUUUUUAAGAGUCUUGACGAUUGUUCUUUAUACAUUUUAAUGCAAAAUAUCAAUAGCACAAAUUAUCAAAUCUGUUCUAUAAAUUCCCAGUCUGACUUAAAAAUAUUUAAAUCACUCCAUCCUAGUCCAGUAACUGAUUUUUCCUCAAGGAUAAAAAUACCAUGAAGCAAUACGUUAUCUACUUGUCUCCCAGAGACCUGAGGAUAGGUACUAUGAUACCCCAAAACUUGCUUAUGUCUACCCCAGUGGUCUCCAGCCUUUUUAAGUAGGAGAUUACCUUUGGCAUUUAAAAGCAACCCAAGAUCUACUGUGUUCUGCCUCCAGCCCCCUAUCUCCUGCCCAGCAGGUAAGUCGGGGGGGUGGAUGGAGGCAGAGGGAGAAAAAAUUAUUUGGGGGCGCGCCUCCCCAGCAGGUAAAUUGCACCCAGCCAGGGCUCCACUCAACUUACCCCUGCUCCUGCCUCUGUGGCACUGUGCCUCACUGCGGGGGCCUCAAUCUAGCCCCUGCCCCUUCCCUCCCCCACAAACUAAACUGCUGGGCUGGACCUCAUGCGUGCAUGCACGCAGGCGCUCAGCCCCCCACUGCAACCUCAGAUUGACUCUAAGAGGCUCCAAGAUCUACCGCAAGAGUCUCCAAGAUCUACCAGUGGAUUGAGAUCCAUUGGUUGGUGACCACUGGUCUACCCCAACCGUGUAGCUGAUUUAAUCAAAUAUAUCACCCACAAGAAUUUUUUGCCUUUUGCACAUUUCCUGGAUCAUUAUGGUAACAGCAUCACCUCAAUAUUGCCUCAACUAUACUAACAUUUGGAUAAAAUGUUGCUGGAGAUUCUUUUUUUUUUUUUUAUAAUUCUAUAAUACUGAAGUUUAAACAAGCUUAUAUCAUUCUUGUUUUGGAGUCUGUGAUAGGGUUUGGUACCUUCCUGUAUUGAUUCUGCUUCUACUUGUAUAGCAGUUCAUGAACAGAUAAACAUAUAGCAUCAAGAAGUCCAAAUGGCAUUUUAUGAACUGGCAUGUUCCUUGUAAGAUGUUUCCAUCUAAACUGGACAAAAAUUAUGAAAGAGAGAAAUAAAGUUCAGAAAGGGAGAGGGAGGAUGUAUCAGUGAAGAGAAAGGGAGAUGGAGUUCUAAAGGAACUGACUUUUAAAGAGAGUCUGAUAGACUUUAGUGUUUCAAACAUAGCAGAAGCAUGGGGGAAUAUUCAAAGUCUAAGAGCCUAAAGUAGUGAUUUUCAACCAGGGUGCUGUGGUACCUUGGGGUGCCUUGAGAUGCUUUCAAUGGGGUACCACACAGUGUUAGCAUUGUUAGGUUUGCAAACAUGAUUCAUGUGUUAAACCUAAAGAUUUCAUAUAAGAAUCUAUAUAUUAAGGACAUCCUGCCCUGCUGUGGUCUUCUGAAUUCUUUACAACAGAAGAAUGUAUUAUUUUUCUGUAGUCAAAAAACGAGGUGAAAACUAAGAGCAUUUUCCGAGGGGUGUCUCAAGUCUAAAAAGGUUGAGAACCACUUGCCUAAAGAGAGAGGCUUAGAAGGAGCAUAAGGAGCAAAUGCAAAGGUGAUCAGUGAGGAAUAUGGUAUUGGAGAUUAUGAUAAUAGCCAAAAUACUGCUAUUAAGUUGGAGGAAAAAGUUUAUAAAGGCAAUUUUUACAGUAAGCAAGAAAAAAAAUACAUGAGAACUUGGGUAAUGAGGUAUGGAAAUAUUUUAAAUUAUGUUAAUAUGAGACACAGCAUCCACUGAGACAAAAUGUGAGGCUUUGAGAGAAGAAAAGAAAUGAAGUUGUAGCACUUUGAUUGCUAAGAGGCAUCUGAAAUGUAAAGUUGAUGCUCAAGGGUAGAAAGAGCUUUAAGUAGUUUAUUUCCCUGCAGAACUUCCUGGCUACAUCUAGGAGAAGUAGUAGGUCUCCACUGGUGUAAGGUUCCUGUAAUGAGAGAGGUGUGAGAGGAGGAGGAAAACCUUUGCUACUCUGCUGCCUCCUUGUUCCUUAUUUGUGAAUCCUCCUUGUAUAGGUGGUUGCUGAACCUAAAUGAGAUGAUGAGAUUGUAGAGACUAUCAAAGACAGAACCAGGAUGAACUUUGAACCUUCAGGAGAGACGGGAGGAUGCAAAUGGAUUGAAAAACCAUCAGUAUAAUGGGAGUAGGACCAACUGAUCACAGUGUUGAGACAGCUAAGAAGAAAGAAAAGAAUUAUGUUUAAGACAAGGAAAAGCUCAAGAAUAAAUAAAACUAAAGAAAACUUUAUAAUUUUAUGCUAUUUAAAGUCCUGUGGGACCAGGCUGUCCCUUCCUCGGCUGCUUUAUUUCUGUCAUAAAGUGCAAUUCAGUAUUACACUAAAACAUUAUUUUUAAGACCACAUUGAAAAUCCUCUGCAGUUUAACAUUUGGAAUAUAAACUAAUUGGUAAAAUAGGAGAGGGAACCUUUUCCGACGUUUUGAAGACACAGAGUCUUAGGGAUGGAAAUUUCUAUGCAUGCAAACAAAUGAAGCAGCAUUUUGAAAGUAUCGAACAAGUGAAUAAUCUGCGAGAAAUACAAGCUCUGAGGCGUCUGAAUCCACAUCCAAAUAUUCUUAUGUUACAUGAGGUGGUUUUUGAUAAAAAAUCUGGCUCUCUUGCACUAAUAUGUGAACUUAUGGACAUGAAUAUUUAUGAACUGAUAAAAGGGAGGAAAAAGCCAUUACCUGAAAAAAGAACAAUGAGCUACAUGUACCAGUUAUGUAAAUCCCUUGAUCACAUGCACAGAAAUGGAAUAUUUCACAGAGAUGUGAAACCAGAAAACAUAUUAAUAAAGCAGGAUACCCUGAAGUUAGGAGAUUUUGGAUCUUGUAGGAGUGUUUAUUCCAAACAGCCAUAUACAGAAUACAUCUCAACACGCUGGUACCGAGCACCAGAGUGCCUGCUCACAGACGGCUACUAUAGCUACAAAAUGGACAUGUGGAGUGCUGGCUGUGUUUUCUAUGAAAUUACAAGUUUACACCCUCUUUUUCCUGGAUCCAAUGAACUGGACCAAAUAUCAAAAAUCCAUGAUAUUAUAGGCACCCCUGCUAAGAAAAUUCUCAAUAAGUUCAAACAGUCAAGAGCUAUGAGUUUUCACUUCCCCUUUAAGAAAGGGACAGGAAUACCUUCUCUUGUGCCUAAUUUGUCCCCCAAAGGCCUCACUCUCAUGUACGCAAUGAUAGAAUAUGAUCCUGAUGAGAGAAUCACUGCCCGCCAGGCUUUACAUCAUCCUUAUUUCCGAGAGCUGAGGACAGCAGAUAAGAAAGCUUUGACCAUACAGAGAAAAGUAAGAUUAAUAGAAAAUACAGAGGGACAGGAGCCUAUCCACCUGUGGCCUACUUCAAAGGAAAGCAAAGGACAGCACUUUCUUAGGCAAGCCCAGGAAAAUCCAAAACGACAUCACGGACCUUCCUGUGUAAUAGAAUUACCAAAACUGAAUGUUUGUGGAGUAACGAAGUUGACUUCUUAUCCUAGUCCUACAUUUCGUUCAGUUUUUACCACACCUGUAACACACUGCGAAGUACCCGUGUUGCAGCCUAUUAAAUAUAUCGGGACAAAUUGCAAGUCUGAAAAACAGAAAGAACUUAAGACUUCUUUGAAACAAUGCCACUUACCUACUAUAGAACGAAGAGAUGGAAGAUUUUGACCAUCUUGUCAAAGAUCUGGAGUGUAAGGAAGAGCAUAAUAUGCAGGGACUCAGAUUCAGCCGUGCUUUCAGUGUUACCAGAGGUACAUCAAUAAAUAUAUUGCCUUAGCUUGUGUUUCUCUGAAAUGCCGCAGGAAAACACUACAGGACUGUCUCUGAAGGGCUACUGAAAUAGCACUGUGGUACUUUGUUCCUGAAAGAUAUCAGUAUUUAUACAAGCAACAUUUGGGCAGCUCAGAUGCACUUUAUACUUGAACUCAAACAAGUUUGGGUUUUUUAAGACCUGAAAGCUUGAAGGUUUUGUUGUAUUUUUAAACACACAAAAACAAAACAAAAAAUUAAAAAUAAGUGUUUUUGUUGGAGCUUGAGUACUAAGAAUGUAUUUUUGUAUUUUUAUACUAUAAACAGAAAUAGAAAGUUGCAUAUUGUGUUAUUUAAGAAUGAAGCUUGGUCUGUCAUUUUUUACAUUUAAACAGAAAAACUAGCUUCAAAGUCAAUGUUGGAAAAUAAUGUUCUUCUGUAUUUGAUAGUUGUAAAGGCAAAAGUCCUGUUAACAUCUUGUGGAUUAUGCCAUCAGUUGGGAGGCCCUUGAUUUUAGUAAAAUUAAAUAUGGUCAUUUUAAUUCCUUUAAAAAUUUUAUAUGCAAAGAAUACAAAUACUGCUGUGCACUUAUUUGAUUCAAAAGCAAAGUCUUGAUCAUGGUUUCUCUUCUCUUUCUUAAACUUUGCUUUGGUAUUAGUAGAAAGUUUACUGAGUCCAUGUUUUGCAACAAGUUGAUAGGAAAAUCUGUAAAACAGUAGUGUAUUUCUGCCAUUUUAACAUUUCAGAAUGAAUGGAGACAUUUUAGCAGAUAUUCAUUGCAUAAGGUAUUAGCUUAUUUGUGGUCUAAGAUGCAAAGAUUAAAAAUGGUAUUUUGGUUUUAUUAAGAGAAGCUGUUUAAACUAAUGGUGAAGUUCAGUGCAUUUGAUUUUAAAACUUUUAUAAUUUUCUAGUAAAACAGAAAAGCUGUUUAUUGAGAGCUCUGUUACAAAUUUCAGAACAAGAUUCAUACUUACAUAAUUUCAGAACCAAGAAAAGCUUAACUUUAUGAAAUGUAUUUAUAUUAAAGGGUUGCAAAAUUUACUCGAUUUGGGAAUGGUAUCCGAUAAACCUGGAUACGAUACCUUUUCUACUGAACAAGUUUUCAAUUAAAAGAGAUUCUUGCCUUA